GUAUUUCUUUUUUGGCGGCGCAAUUAAAGCAGAUAUAUAAUAACUAGAGGAUAUCCUGUGUCCAGCUUGAUCACUGACGUAGUUAGUGUAUUAGUCCUGAGGAGAUUGUUUGGUCAGGACAAACACCGGGGAAACCCUUAGUAUUUGUCAGAUUUUCUAUUGUUUUAUCUCGGGCCGAGGACUUUUUCGGCAAAUUUCCGACCACGCCGCCGCUGCCACCGACGACGACGAGGAGCUUAACUGUAGAAGCCAGUCUCCCUUGAACCCAUCUUCAUCCUGCCACGUCUCCAUGUCAUGCCCCGCAACCCGAAUCUGGGUACCUCGACCCUUCGAAACCGCAAUCGAGUUACCAACAAGACACGUCUUAAGGUCAUCCAAGGCAGCAUCGAUGCAGACCCUCUCGUUAUCGAUGAAGAUGAGGAAAAGGCCAGGAUUAUUAGCACUGCUGGCGUGGACGCUGAGGACGCCAAUGAGCAUCACUUGCAGGCGGUACUGUCCGCCGCGUCCCACAGACACCAAUCAGUUGGUCGCUCAACACGUGGGGAGAAGGCUGUCGCACCCGCUGCAUAUAUUCCCACACCAGAUUCCACUGGUAUCGUCGACAACUAUGAAGAGUUAUAUCCUCCGCAGCGGUGGGACGACCCAAGCGCGUACAUCAGAUCCUCAGAGACUGUCGAUGAGGCAGUCUCAAAUGCGCUCGUCGAUGCGUUCACGUACUAUAUGGAUGAGCGUGACAAGGAGUGGCUCGACAGAAACAACGAGGAGGCGCGUGGUGAAGGCACCAGUGCCCAGGGUGCUCUUUCAGCGGCUGGCACAACGACGCGCUCUGGCCUGUCCCAACGAAGUGCCAAGGCAAAAGGCAAGGAACCCGAGUCGACACAACCCUUUACUAUCACAGAGGACGAGUUUGAACUUGUGAUGGGCAUCUUUGAGAAGGUGACCCACGAGAGGACGGAGUUCUUGCACCAUGGACUCGAGUCCGGCAUGACAUUCCCUCCAUUUACCGACUAUCAAGAAGCGUUCUCCUCCCCAUUACCACCCUCUAUGUUUGCCACGUACGCAGUGCCAACGUGGAUACCGCAACCUGCAGUACUACUGCGCUUGGCCAAAGUCAUUUAUCCUUACUGGCGUGAUCGCCGCAUCGAAAGAAAAGGCCAUCGAAUUAUACCCAUAUUGAAUUACGAUGAGUCGGACGUCUUCAACGAGUCGUAUAUUUGCUUCCGCCGCCGUGAGAUUAAGGCUAUCAGAAAGACUCGUGCCUCGCAGGCAACGUCAUCCGAUAAGCUUUUGCGGUUGCAGAACGAGUUGACGCAGGGUCUGGAGCUCGCGAAAACACUCCUUUCUCGGGAAAAUCUCAAGCGUGACUACACACAGCAGACGCUGCAGGUGUGGGAUAAGCGCUUCGAGUUUGCCGAGCUCAAGCGCAAAUUUCCCUCGUUGGGUACGAAGGAGGACGAAGAGCUUCUACACGACAAGGAGAGAGUAGCGAAGAAGCCAAAGAUCGAAGCCAAUCGUAUCACUGGUCUCAAGAUACGUACCAGAGAUAGCGGGGAUCCAGGAUCUCCGGCUGUUGCUGCCGAGGCAUGUAUCCGACCCAAGGAACGCAUUAGCCUCAUCAAUGCAGCCAUGGAACGUGACCUUGCGAGCCAAAAGGAACGAGACCACGGGUACGAAGAUGUGGUGGAGAACCCAUACCAACGUCCGACGUUUUCCUUUCCGCGGCGCCACUGGAAGGCAAUUUUUCCCUCGCGCUCGUCAGCAUCAUCACCAAAUGUAGCAGACGAAGAACCGGAGCGCGUACGUUAUGUCCGCCAUCGUCUGACUCGUCUAGGCAAUGCUACGAUCGAUCGUCGCGACGCCUUCAUGCAACGUCUUGGAAUUCGUGCUGACGACUCUAUGUUCGCGCGACGACGACAAGCAUUCGCACAGCGCAAGGAUGCCAUUGUGUCUGAGGAGGAUGAGGAGGAGAUGUCUGCUCGUCUGCGCGAGCGCUGGAGGUUUGAUCAAGAUGAUGAGCCCACUGUUGGACCCGAGGGUGCCGAUGAGCAGGACCGCGUCCUUAUCGAUGACUACGAUCCAAAGUAUCUCCGUCACAUGAUGACAUUGUUGUCCGAUCAAGACCAUCAGUCCCUGACGACAGAUAACACGAUUGUUGUGACCAUGGACGGCCGCCAACAUUCUGUCACGCCAUAUCGACUUGGAGUGCAACCCCAGUAUACUAUCCGCCGCGAUCAAAACGGCGUACAGAGGGUAUAUCCUGGAGGGAUGCCGCUGUCAGCCACUCGUGCAGCCCCUGCAGGCAUCCCAAUGCCAAAUGGUGUACCGAUAUCCAUGCAGGCACAUGUCAAAGCGAUGCAACCGCCGUCUGCCAUCCCGCAAAUGCGCAUCUCAUCAAAUGGGGGCAUGCGUCCUCCAGUUGUCGGGAAUAUUGCAUCCCCAAGUACGCCUGUUUCAGCUCAGCAGUCCUCCCCUCCCCGCACCGCCGCUUCCACGAACGGAGCCAACGGCAACCAUUCUGGCACUCCUACGCCAGAUGGCGAUUCGGUCAGGCUGAUCGCCGCACCCAAUGGCAUCGCCGCCACGACUCUCAAUGGCACAGCACAUCAGCCGACAGACGUGCAGAUGUCCCCUCCUGCAGAACCUCCCCAGUCCAAUCAGACUGGCUCACCAGCGCGUCUCAAGGCUGAGUCUCAGCACGUUCCGGUAUCUGUCCCACUCAGUAGUUACCACAUCCCUAUGAACGGCUAUGCCACCCUGCCUAAUGGCACCGUCAUGCAGGUGCCGCGACCGCCGAAUGGCUUCAUGCAGCAAGUGCAAUCGUUCAAGAUGGCGUUUGCACAGAACGCGGAGGGACGACCAACGCAGAUUCCGUACCCGGGGCAUCCCAUACCUAAUGGCACGCACUUUAAUGUGCAGCUGGGUGGCCAAAACCUUAACAUCAAACUUCCUCAGGGACGGCAGUGGCCUGGCGUAGCAUCGCCUCAUCAGCAGCCCGCGCAGCUUAACUCGGGGCAAGAGGGUUCGCCGAGCCCUCAUAUUGCGCCGGGCAAUCUACCUGCGCGCACGCCGUCUGCCAAUGGUAUGCGAACCGCGAACCGUGCUGGGAGCAUUAGUGUUCCUCAGCAGGUCAGUCAACUACUACCAAAUCAGUAUGCCAUGUCGCCCCAUAUGCAACACAACAGCCCAUCUCCACUACCGUCCUCCAUCCCCUUGCCUUCCCACCAGUCCCCCCCUCGCCCGCCGCCCACCCCGACCAUGAAAAUGGCUUCCCCGUCUCUGCAGCACCAGCAGGUAGUACAGAGUUCGCAAGGCGGAUAUUAGUGUAUACCACUGGACGUUGUGCAAUCGGGUUCAUGCGCGCUUAUCUUUCCUGCGAUCCCUGACAUUACCAUUUCGUUUAUACUCUUUCCGCUCUGUUUUGGUUACAAUAUCACUCCGUUUUAUGUGCUUUCCAGUUAUGUAUUAUUGUCGCAAUUUGAGGCAUUUUCAGUCUUGCACCUACUAGAGCGGUGCUAGCGAGGCACACGGUCGUGG